UUUCCUGUUAUGUCUGACUGCAUGUUAAGCAUGACUCUCCGUGAGUGUGCAGACAGUCUCAGUCUGGAUCAGACAGCGGGAGCGUACACUCACACACACACACACACACACACACACACACACACACACACACACACACACGGAUAGUCUCACCGACACGCAGAGAACGACAGCCGAGCGGAGAGCACCCAGAGGCUCUGGGCCAGAGCCGGUAAGUGAAUCUGAUUCAGCCCGCUGUGGUCUUAGCAUGUCCGGAUCAUUGGGUACCUCACAACUGUUGAUGCUGCUGUGAUCUCUGUGUGUGUGUGUGUGUGUGUGUGUGUGUGUGUGUGUGUGUGUGUGUGUGUGUGUGUGUGUGUGUGUGUGUGUGUCUCACUCAAAUAUGAAGGUGAUGAUAGAAAUGUUUCAUGUUUUCAUAAAUAAUCAGAAGUAUUGAAACGCAGAGUGUAAACAGCUGUUGGUGUGUGUGUGAGUGAGUGCAGAGAGGUCUUGAUGUGAUGUAACACAGCAGAUUUCUGUCCUGAUGUCUGAUCAGAGAUCCGUGUAGAGACCAUCCCAGUGUUUUGGUCUUGGUUCUGACCCACUCUCUGUCCUGGUUCUAGUCAGUAUAAUCAGUUGGGACGAUAUGCUUCUCCCCGAUUCGAUUCUUCUACGAUUUUUUGGAUGCGAUUCUACGAUAUUGUCGAUUUUCUCAAUAUUUAAUCUGCAUUUUUAACUCUACUGAAACAUUUAAAUGAUUAUGAUUGUCUACUGACUAUUCCAGGAACCAUAUUUUCCCCCAAAAAUACACAUCACAUAUAAGUCAGUUUUUAAGAUUUAUACUUACAUUUGGAAAAAAAUAGAUUUUUGAACAAAAAAAUUGAUUUACUAAUAGUAAAACUAAAGGUCCUUACACACCGGGGCUGACGCAAAAAUAGAACGCAAAAUUACGAAAUAUUCAGAGGUGAAUUUUUACGCGCCUGACUAUACACAUCAAGCCCGAUGCGAUUUUGCGUCUUUCUGGGGGAAAAAAGAUUCAUCCCAGGGAAGACUUUUCCUGGGGAAAGUCCCGCCUCCUUCACCUCUGAUUGGCUAGAAAAGCUGGAAACAUCAUCACAUGCUCAAACCAAACGGUCAGCACUUGUAGCCAAUCAGAGGCGAUAAGAUAAGCACAUGAAACUAUGCUAACAACCGUUAGCUUACGUUAGCACAGAUGAAAGUUAAAACGAAGACAUUUAGCAAACUGUUAAAGCACACAAACCAUUGUCAUAUGAGAAAUCCGACGCUAUGACUCUCCACAAGUUGUCCUUCAGGUCAUUAUCUUUGUCAUGUGUGUGUCUUUUGUCAAAAAGCACUCUGUUCUCUGGCACGUAAACAAUCAGCCGGUUGGCCAUGUUGGAUAUACCGGUGAAUCAGACGUCACAACAACACGCAAUCUGAUUGGUCAGAAGUGGUCAUACAGUAUGGGAAACUUUAGAAAAAUUGACCAUGAUCCGAAAAAAAUAAAUGCCGCAAUAUUGCAGGGCAGGAAAAUGUCGCUGAUGUGAACGCUUGUAUUGACAGGAUACGGGUUCGGAAAAAAAUAUUGACGUCCGAAAUAAUAGCACGAUAAAAACAGUCCCGGUGUGAAAGGACCUUUAUUCUUAAAUAUGAAAAAAAAAGAUAAAAAAAGAAAAGGAUUUAAAAAUUGUAAAACUAAAAAUCGCAUUACUUACGUGAAUCAAUUUUCUCUCCCACUCCUAAUAACCAGGUGUUGUUCAUUAUGUCCUCCAGUGGUUAGAGGUGAGCAGGUGACCCUUGUACAGGUCUGACAGGUGAUCAGGGCUGGACUAACUCAUGUUUUUGGCGUGAUUACAGGAUAUCAGACUGAUCGUUAAGAUAUUUAUAUGCUAGAUUCAUGUAAAAAAGGAAAGAAUGGUUUUGUUUGUUGCUCUUAUUUACCCAGUUUUGUUUCUUCACAGUGACUGAAAACACCUGAACUGCUCCAGGUGACCUUUCUCCAGGUGAGCAUGUCUGUGCUGGCCCCGCCCCCCAGCAGCAGCUCUGACGCCUGCCUCAGCAUCGUCCACAGCCUGAUGUGUCACCGCCAGGGCGCAGAGAACGAGGGCUUCGCCAAGCGGGCAAUCGAGAGCCUGGUGAAGAAGCUGAAGGAGAAGAAGGACGAGCUGGACUCGCUCAUCACUGCCGUCACCACCAACGGCGUCCACCCGAGCAAGUGUGUGACCAUCCAGAGGACGCUAGACGGACGGCUGCAGGUAUGACUCUGCCCACUCUCCGCCCACUGCUGCAAACAGAAUACCCACUAACAUCCAUCUGCUUCUCACUGAGCCUGAAGUGGACUUCUUCUGUAUCUGCGAUGUUUUCAGAGCGUCAGCUCCACCUGCAUUUUGUCUCGAUCAAACCCUCGUUUGCACGCGUCGUGAAGAAGAAUCUGGAUGGUGGAAAAUCAUGAGAAUAUGAUCAAAGCAAAAGUUUAAGACAAAAUAUCGAAACUGAGAAAUGACCAGGACCAGAACCAAGCCUGGAUGCUCCUGAUCUUAAGACCCUCAGACAGAGUAGUACCUCUGAAAAACCCAGACCUCCUUUAUUCAGGUGUUUACAGGUGUUUGAAUCUGGGCUCUGAGUCGGGUUUACCAAAGUUCUGUGUGGCGCUGAUCCGAUCAGGUUGAGGCGUCUGAGCCGGGAUCUAAGUUCAUCAGGACUCCUGAAGCUGUUUCUCUGAUGGUUUAUUUUCCUGCUGAGUUUGUCUGAGCAGAUUUUUCCAGGUUUUUAAAAACACGGCUCGUUGGUCUCAAAGGACAAAUCCACAGUUUUAUUCUCAGUUAAACCCUGUCCACCUUCACUUCUCCUCCUCUCCUGUCUCAGUCUGAUCAGGUCUGAUCUCUGUCACAGGUUCAGGUGUUUCUAUAAAUGUGUUUGACACAGUGUGUGUGUGUGUGUGUGUGUGUGUGUGUGUGUGUGUGUUCAGUGUGUGUGUUCAGUGUGUGAGCAGCAGCAGACUGGGUGUGUCUCAGUCUCUCUCACAGUAAUUAACAGGCUCAGGGAUGUAAACAUGGAUCCUCUGCAGGCUGCUAACAGGAACCCCAGUGUUCAUGAACCUACAGAACCUUCUUAUGGACCAGACAACACCAGAACCUUUAAACAGACUCCAACUCUGGCCAAAAAACACCUGAAACAUUUUCAAGGACCUCUGAAACGGACUCCAGGACCUUCUGAGCAUGCUCAGAUUACAUGAAGGGAAACACAGAUCAACCUUUCUAAAACUGAUAUGGAGGGUCAGGUGUUUCAAACAUACAAGACUUUUCUGCCUGAAUACAGUAAUAUAACAAAGAAAUAUAGACAAAGAGAUAUAAAAACAGAAAUGUAGAUAUUUAAACAAAGAAGAUAAAAUUAGAAACAGAAAUAAAAAGGCAUGGAAUAUAAAAACAUAGAAACAAAAAUACAGAAAUAUAAAACAGAAAUAUGGAAAUACAAAAGAGAACAUAGAAAAAGAAUUGAAAAUAUAUAAACACAGAAGUGUACAUUUUAGAAACAUUGACACACAGAAACAUAAAUAUACUGAAGAAGCAUUAUACUGUAUAUACUGUAGAAAUCUUAAAAUAAAAGCAUAGAAAUAUAAAUAUAAAAUCAUAGAAAUAUUAAAAUAAAUUCAUAGAAAUAGAAAUGUUAAAAUAAAAUCAUAGAAAUAUAAAAAUAAAAACAGAAAUAUAGAAAUAAAAGCACAGAAAUAUAAAAAUACAAACAUAGAAAUAUAACAAUACAAACAUACAAAAUAUAAAAAUUAAAACAUAGAAAUAUAAAAAUACAAACAUAGAUAUAUGACAAUGCAAACAUAGAAAUGUAAAAUUUAAAACAUUGAAAUAUAAAAAUAAAAACAUUGAAAUAUUAAAAUGAAAUCAUAGAAAUAUAAAAUUAUAGAAAUAUAAAAAUUAAAAUAUUGAAAUAUAAAAAUAAAAACAUAGAAAUAUAAAAAUGUAAACAGAAAUAUAAAAAUACAAACAGAAAUGUAGAAAUUGGGUUAUGUGGGCGGGUUUAUGGAUUAAUUUGAGUAAAAUAGUUUGACUAAGUUUGGGGCUGCCAUGUUUGUUUUGAUCCAUUGACCAAUCAGAGGCUGUGAUCAGCUGAUUUGUUUAGGCUCAUAAGGAGUAGACGUCCCUCUCUCAGCAGAGCAGACAAAGUGAUAAAACACGGAAAAUAAGACAUGAAAGAGUGACCGAGGAUUUUAUUGAUAAGCAGAAUCAAUAAUUAUCAGUAACAUCUAAUCAAAGCUCAGAUCUGUACGACUUUUCUCACCCUGCAGAGAUUUUAGUUCACAUGACUGAUGGCUAAACAUAAACUAUCUCUGACUUAAAACACACACACACACACACACACAUACCACUGUGAGUCUGAGACAAUGGUGAGUCCGAGACUUCUUAGGACUCAGAAGGUCCACAUCAGGACUUCCUGUAGUGUUGUUUCUUCAAACUUCCAGAACCUUCUGAAGAACCUUCAGACAGCCAAACAGAGAGUCUGAUAUAAGAGAUCCCAUCAUGAGCACACAGUGAGGGAGGAGGAGGAGGAGGAGGAGGAAGGGCAGGCUGGUUGUUUUGUCUGAAACACAGGAAAGGGGCUGGGUUAAGUUAAGCCAGACAGUGUGUGUGUGUGUGUGUGUGUGUGUGUGUGUGUGUGUGUGUGUGUGUGUGUGUGUGUGAGAGAGAGAGAGACAGAGAGAGAGACAGAGAGAGAGACAGACAGACGGGAAUGUGUACACGUCUAGAGUUUGUGGAUUUCAUACCACAGAGUUUCUACACUGUAAAAAAAAACAAAACCAGGUCAGAUCUGAGGAGAAACCAGGUUUGGAUCAUCAGAGUCCAUGUUCCUGAGGAGCUGCUGGGUCUCUGAACAGAACUUGAAGCUCAAACAUGAAGCUCUGCCUCAUUUCUCAGUUUCUAACACAGAUGGAGAAGAACAAUCUUCUCAACUUUGGUCCAAACUUUUCUCUUCUUGCAGUCGAUGUUUGAAGACCAGGAGAGCUUUCACUCAGUGGAACACCUGAGUUAGGGGAGUGAGAGAGUGCGAUGUUUGACUUCCAACAUUUAAUAUUCAUGAGACAGAGAUGGAGACUGAGCACUGUGUCUUGGAUCAGCAGGUCCCAGCAGGUCUCAGCAGCAGGUUUAUCUUCUUUAUUGGAGCUGGAUUCAAAUUGAAGUUUUGUGAGAUGUAAAAAUUCAUAAUCGUCAACAAAAAAAAUAUAUAUAUAUUUUUAAUUUUAAAGGCAUUUAACUCAAGGGAAAUGAGUGCGACAACCAACCCUGGUCUCCCCUACUACAGUUUGCACAAAGAACUACUUUAACUGCGGGAAAGACGGCCAAACAUGUUACCAUGGUUACUGAAGUCCUCCCAAACUGAUCCAGAAUCAGGAGAACAGAUUCAAACUACUGCACCGCAACUUUUUACAGUGUGUGUGUGUGUGUGUGUGUGUGUGUGUGUGUGUGUGUGUGUGUGUGUGUGUGUGUGUGUGUGUGUGUGUGUGUGUUUUGUCUGUAGUCUGGUCCCUGUCCUUCACCUGUGCUGACAGAACACACUCUGCCGUCUGACUCCUCAUACAGAGUCUGGUUCCACUCCGGUUUAAACCGGUUAACUUGUUUAACUAACCAGCUGAUUUAUUAACUAGUUCACUCAAAACUCUCUCAGGGUGUGUGUGUGUUUUUAUUUUUACAGUGUGUUACAGAGUCAAACACACACACACACGCCUGUGAGGUCAGACAUGAUGUCAUGGUCGGGGUUUGGCUAGUCAACCCUGCAUCACCUGACACACACACACACACACUCACACACACACACACACACACACACACACACACACAUACACAAAGACUGGCAGACAUGUACAUACACAGACUGUUUCCGUGGUAACCUCCUGCUGAGAAUGACUCAGUUUGUUCUCAGUUUAUUUUAAAUUCUAUGAAAGAUGUCUCUCCACCUGUCUGUCUGUCUGUGUUUCUGUGUCUUACCUGUCUCUCACCUGUCUGUCUCACACCUGUCCGUCUCUAGGUGGCAGGUAGGAAAGGUUUCCCUCAUGUGAUCUAUGCUCGUCUUUGGCGUUGGCCCGACCUCCAUAAGAACGAACUCAAACACGUCAAAUUCUGUCAGUUCGCUUUCGACCUGAAGUACGACAGCGUGUGUGUGAACCCCUACCACUACGAGAGGGUGGCCACACCCACCGCUGCAGGUAAAACACACACCCUCUGAGUCUUUGAAUAAUAUUAUGGGGUGGUGGGAUGUGUGAACCCUUCCUAACGUCUGAUCUGAACUAUGUUAUAGAUGUUUCCUGAUUUCCUGUCUUCCCUGUCUUCUUUCAGGUCCUCAGUCUCUUGUAAAAGAGGAGUUCAUGCAAGACUGUCUGGAGAUCGACCUGCCCCCCCACAGUGACCCUUACAACCAGCCACGCCCUGUCAGCAUGUAUUCCAGCAUGCCCCUUUCUCCCCCAGGUCAGACCGUCCCCCUCACCUGUGUUGUCUCUCACAGGUCAGACUAGGCCUGGACGAUAUAGAAAAAAAGCAUAUCGAUAAAAAAUAAAUCAUAUUGAUCGAUAUCGAUAAUUAUCGAUAUAAUUAUUAUAAUUAUUUAACAUAUAUUUUAAUUGCAGCCCUGGAUGUUUUAUGCUAUUGCUUAAUGACCUACUUUUAAUAAAGAACACACAAGCACUGAAUUCAAAUUCAAACCUUUAUUCAACCACCUUUUUUAUUUUACCACAACUGAAAGUUUUUUUAAAAAAGAACUAAAAAAAAAAAAGAAAUCAACUUAAGUGGCCUGAGUGACGUAAGUAAAUACUGACAAACAUAAAGACUAAAGUGACCAGAAAAUCUGAUAAAUAAAUAUUUAAAUAGUCUUUUGAUGAAAAUAAACAAAACAAACAAAUAUAUAAAUAAACAGAAUAGCUUUAGGUGGGAAUAGCAUACUACCAGUUUUAACUGUGUGGGAAACUGCCCACAGCCUGGUGUCUGAACACUGAAAUAUUUCUCCCGGGGUCGGGAGAUUUAUUUUUUUUAAUUAUCAUGUGAUUGACUUAAUACACAAACUGAGCACGAGAAGCAGGACUUAUCCACGCCGGUGUUGUGUCGUAGAAUGCACCCCUGACGAAUGCACCCCCUGCUAGUAGCCAUGAUCCAAAUACUCGCGUCUUUGUAAAAUAUGAGCUCAUUUUCUUCCACUUAAAGAAGCUAAUGAGUGGACGGGAUGCAGGGGUGCAUUCUACGGCCCAACACCGGAACGUAUUUCCUCCGCACCCUUCUCACCUUUUCAACCCCUGACCCAUUUUCAUGCCUGAAGCGCUGUGUUUGAGAAAAACUUGCGGCCGGGCACUUCAUAUCGCGGGUCGAGAGUGGCUAGAAGCUGGUCGAAGCCAGGCUUUUCAAAGGUAGUUAUUGGCAGUAUGUCCCUCGCUAUGGAGCAUGUUACUGCAUGGGUGAUGUCCUUAUGCCGCUCGGACACUUUGUCGUAUUUUAGCAAGAAACGAAGUCCAGUUUGGUCUGCUUCACAUGCUUUGUGCUGGUGCUGGCAGCGGUUCCAGAGGAUUCCUCCGACGAUGACGUGGAGCCGCGGCGCGGCCGACACAGCUCGUACUCCUGCGGGUGCGAUCGGUUUAGAUGGUAAAACAAGUUGGUUGUGUUACCAGACUUGGUUUUUACUAAUUCUCGGCAAAUUUUGCAAACGACCGCUGUUCGCUUUUUGUCAGACUUCUAAAAACCAAAACAUUGCCAUGCUGGUGAACUACUGAAACCUUUUUUCGGGACAAUGUCCUCCGCUUCUCCUUGCUGUAUCAUUUUUUCUAAUACACGUGCUGUCUGUUGUGCUUUGAGAGGGGCUGGGCUUGGUGCCGUAGCGUACCUGGGUCUGCGUUUGUGAUUGGUUGGGAGGAAGUGAUGACUGUAGUAAAAGCUACAUGAUAGGCUAUGAUGAAAAAGAAAGGGAAACUGUGUUUUUCUAUCGAACUUUUUAUCGACCCGUUUUUUUUCUAUCGCACCACACGUCUAUCGAUCGAUAUAUAUUGUUAUCGAAUUAUCGUCCAGCACUAGGUCAGACUAUCUCCUCAUGUCCUCCUGUCGUCUCUCCUGCAGGAAGCUCCAUGCAGACCGCAGCUCUGCCAGCAGGGGGCGCCACAGGCUGCAGAGCAGGGGGAGGGGCUGGGGGAGGAGUCAACAUCGAAGGGCCAGGCCUUCUCCAGAUCGUCCCUCCUCAGAACCAUGGGGGCCACGCCUCUCCACCUCACCCAAACCCCCCCCAUACCCCCCAGCCUCCUCACCCUCCCACCUCCACCUCUCCUUACCCACACAGCCCUGAGUACAGCAGCCCCACAAGAACAGGUAGGGUCCCUAAACACCUGAGGUUUGAAGUAUUGGUUGAACUGGAAGCACACCUUUAGAGGGAUAUUCUGCUGUAAAAUUAAGUUAGGGUCAAACACACCGUAACAUCAAGUUAGACGCCCCCUCCAGAAAUGAAUGUUGCUGACCGCUUGCUUCUCUAGUUAUACCAACUUUAGUAACGACCGCAGGAUAGCAAUACACAGCGGUCUGAGGAGCCAUAAACAAACCUCAACCAAAACACCACUCUAUAGCCACAAAUAAUGCUAAGAACAGCACCUAACUUCAUCAACAGUACAUAUAGGGUCCCAGCCAUAGAACUGUAUUCAGAGUUGUUCUAACUUUUAAGAAAACAUAAACUGGGGCAUUUCUCCACUUCUGUAGUCUAUUAGCUGGCCAAGAAACUUCUACUUUAGUAAAAUGAAAUGGUCAAGGUAUUUUUAUCAAGCCGAAUUAUCAAUAAAAUCAUGAUUUUGUUAACAGGUAUGGAUAUAUGUGCUGUCGAGUUAGUAUAUUUGAACAAAAACAAAGUGAAGUUAAAUCAGCUAAUUUUCCAAUGAGGUUCUGUUUCUGAUCGGAACUACACCAUGUUCUACUCACGUUAGUACAUACCAUAGACUGUAUAUAAGAUGGACAGAGUCUGCCUCCUUGCUGGGUGAAGCCACUCCGAGAACAGCACCCUCUGAUGGUGGGCUGCAGUACAGGCCAUAAAUCCCGCCUCCGCCAGCAAAGCUUAUGGGGCUGUGGACAAACUUUAGAAAUUUAUUACACAGAACAUAAAUUUUUCUCCCCCCUGCUUGUGAUGUUGACAUGUAGUUAUUGUAAGACUGUUUUGUGUCCAAGUCCUUUUUUUUCUGUACAGCUCCGUUUUUAAAAGUUAUUAGGGGAUUCAUAUUUCAUAUGAUUGACACCUGGUACAGCCUAUGGGCGUUCAGGGAUUGCGUAGCUCUCCCGGGGGGAUACGCUGUUUGAGCCGAGCGUCAUCACAGGGACUCUCGGCGACUGCGCGGCCGAAUGCGCGCAUCGCUACUGCGCAGCUCUGGUUUCAAGGAAGUGGAGAAAAACCCGGAAUUACAGAGAGCUUUUUGGCUUCAAAUCUGUAUACAGGCGGAAGGCGGGACCAGGUUGUCCAUCUUAUAUACAGUCUAUGGUACAUACAGUUGUGAGUGAAAGUCAGGGCACCCCUUUAAAAAAAGCAUAAUUUAUUUACUAAAAAAUUAACCUUGAUAUUUAUGGUCUCUCUGGUAAAUAGGAAAAAAAGACAAUAUUAUCAGAAAUCAUUAAUGCACAGUUACUUUUUAUUUUAUAAAAAGUACAAAAUUACAAAAAUAAAAAUCAUCUUUUUGGCAUGCGCAAAUGUCAGGGCACCCUGAGAGCUUUAAAGUGUCUGGUCUUUAAAGAUUUUUUUUCGAAGCUCAGACUUUCACCAGCUUGUUAGUCCUGAAGCAGGUGUCAACAAUUCUCAUGAGGGAGCGCCAGCUGGUGCCAAUUUAAGGGGUUUCAACUCCACAAACCUUGUGCAUUCAUCCAGAAACCAUGGGUUCCUCUAAGAAGCUGUGUAAGACAGAAAAAAUGAAAGUUAUUGAUGCCAACAAUGUAGGGGAGGGCUACAAGAAGAUAGCAAAGCGUUUUCAGCUUGCAGUUUCCACAGUGCAAGGUAUAAUUGAGAGAUGGCAGGUGAGGGGAACUGUGGAGGGCAAGAUGAGAUCUGGAAGACCAAGUAAAAUCUCAGGGAGAACAGCUCGUUUGCUGGUCAGGAAAGUAAAUCAAAACCCACAUUUGACUUCAAAAGACCUGCAAGAAUAUUGAGCAGACGCAGGAGUGGUGGUGCACCCUUCCACUGUGCUGCAAUGUUUGAACAAACAAGACCUUCAUGAAAGAGUCUGCAGAAGAAAACCUUCCUGCGUCCUCAUCAUAAAAUGCAACAGAACAUCUAGAGAAGCCUGAUGACUUCUGGAAACGUGCUGUGGACUGAUGAAGUUAAAAUAGAACUCUUCGGCCACAAUGAGCAAAGGUGUGUUUGGAGAAAAAAUGGAACAGCUUUUCAUGAAAAGAACACCUUGCCAACUGUGAAAUAUGAGGGUGGAUCCAUCAUACUUUGGGGGUUGUGUUGCAGCCAAUGGGACAGGAAACAUUGCUCGAGUGGAGGGAAGAAUGGAUUCCAUUAAAUACCAGCAAAUUCUGGAGGCAAAUAUCACAGCAUCUGUAAAAAAGCUGAAAAGAGGAUGGUCUCUACUGCAGGAUAAUGAUCCUUAACAUACCUCUAAAUCCACCAUGAACUACCUCACGAAACGCAAGCUGAAGGUUUUGGAAUGGCCCUCACAGUCUCCAGACUUAAACAUCAUUGAAAAUCUGUGGGUUGUUCUUAAAAGAGCUGUGCAUGCAAGAAGACCCAAGAAUAUUGCAGAACUGGAAGCCUUUUGCAAGGAAGAAUGGGGGAAAAUCCCAAAGGAUAGACUCCAGAGACUUGUAGUUGGCUAUAAAAAGUGUUUACAAGCCAGACCCCCUCUACCAGAGGGGGUCUUACAAAGUACUGAAGGUACUGAUGCUGAAGGGUGCCCUGACAUUUGCACAUGCCAAAAAGAUGAUUUUUAUUUUUGUAAUUUUGUACUUUUUAUGAAAUAAAAAGUAACUGUGCAUUAAUGAUUUCUGAUAAUAUUGUCUUUUUUCCUAUUUAUCAGAGAGACUAUAAAUAUCAAGGUUAAUUUUUUAAUAAAUAAACUAUGCUUUUUUUAAAGGGGUGCCCUGACUUUCACUCACAACCGUAUAAGGUCCCAGCCACUGCACUACCCAAAGAGACUAAACACAACUUACCUACUCUCUUCCAGCAGCUGCUUGUUUGUAGCGAGACCUAAGGCCAGUCCAUUAAGAGCUACAGCGGGGUGACGCAGCUCAAGGAAGAACAUUUACGGUCAUUUCUUUAUCAUUUCCUUGAAGUAAUAAUCACCAUAUUAAUCAUUUUGCACUGCAGACACGGCAGUUCUUCUGCCUUAGCAUCUCGGUCUGAUUGUAUUUCCAUGAAAUCCAUAAGCUAAAGUGUGCAUGCGUAAGGCACCUAGCCAUGUCUCUCUUUUAUGAGCAACUUUUUAACCCAUUUUAACCGGUUUUAAACAACUUUUAAGGCUGCACCUUAACAGUUUGCUGACUUUGAAGUUUAACUUUUACCGUGCAUGGGUUUUUAUUUUAUCUGUUGUAGCAGAGGGCAAGAGUGCAAGUUCCCGCAAGCUGCUGCUUUUAUCUGGUUUUAAAAGGUUCUGAUCGCUUUCAGUACUUUGUGCCUCGAGAAAAGGAUUGCUUUUAUCUUUUUGGUUUUACUGGACUAAAGGUUUUAGUCAUCAGACUCUGGGAUUUUUUACACUCUUGACCACCAACAGUGAAAAAAUGGCACCAGAUUUAUUGAUUAAUAAAGAAAUUAUCAUAAAUGUUCUUCCUUGAGCUGCGUCACCCCGCUGUAGUCCAUAAUGGACUGGCCUGAGGUCUCUCUACAAACAAGCAGCUGCUGGAAGAGAGUAGGUGAGUUGUGUUUAGUCUCUUUGCUUAAGAAAUUAGUCAAAGUUUAAAAGAUGUUUCGUGGCUAGUACUAUGGCUGGGACCCUAUAUAUACUGUUGAUGAAGUUAGGUGCUGUUCUGAGCAUUAUUUGUGGCUAUAGAGUGGCGUUUUGGUUGAGGUUUGUUUAUGGCUCCUCAGACCGCUGUGUAUUGCUAUCCUGCUGUCGUUACUAAAGUUGGUUUAGCUAGAGAAGCAAGCGGUCGGCAACAUUCAUUUCUGGAGGGGGUGUCUAUCUCGGUGUUGUGGUGAGUUUGACCCUAACUUAUUUUGCGCCGGAAUAUCCCUUUAAGAACCAUACAGACAUCAGGCUUUUUUCUGUGUCUCUGCAGCCACCUGGUCAGGUAACAGCCCCACCUCCUACAGCUCUGCAAGAUCUCAUCAAAGUGGGCGGAGCCACCAGCAUCAGCCAAUGCAUCAUCAUCAGUACCACCACGCCCCCAACACUCACUUCUGUAUGACAUUAAAAUGCCAAAGCACUGCAGUAUUCGUACUUCACUGUGGUACUUUUUUGCAGUACCUCUUACUAAGUCAUAGACCUCUGUCCUGCAGGGUCACAGCAUCAUAGUACGGCGCCAUAUCCUCAACCAGUGUCCAACCAUCCAGGUACCACAGCUGUCCAGAUGUCCUUAUGUCUCUGGUGGGAUGUCCUGUCCUGUCCCCACUGUCCUUAUAAUGAAAUCUGAAGUCUGUCCCACUUUGCCCCUGCUGUCUUUACUCACCUGUGGACUUCCUUUGAUUGUUCCCGCCAUCCAUCUCUAACAUCUGACUGUCCCCACCGUCCAUCUCCAACCUCUGACUGCCCCCCACUGUCCAUCUCUGACCUCUGACUGUCCCCACCGUCCAUGUCUACCCUCUGACUGUCCCCACCAUCUAUCUCUACCAUCUGACUGUCCCCAUCGUGCAUCUCCAACCUCUGACUGUCCUCCUCUCCUCUCCACCCCCCCCCCCCCAUCUCUUCACUUCAGACUGAGUGUGUCAUUUGUCUCCCCCAUGUCCUGAGCAGCAGAGUGUCUGGUGUUGUCCUCUCUGUCUCCUCUGUCACUGGUAGAUCUCCCUAACUGUCCCCCCCUGCUCGUCAGGUCCAGAGUUCUGGUGCUCCAUUUCAUACUUUGAGUUGGAUGUCCAGGUUGGGGAGAUGUUCAAGGUCCAGUCCAGCUGUCCUCAGGUUACAGUGGACGGGUAUGUGGAUCCCUCAGGAGGAGACAGAUUCUGUUUGGGACAGCUGAGUAACGUCCACCGUACUGCCGCCAGCCACCGCGCCAGGUGACCACUCCAAACCAGUCCAACCAGUCUCCCCAUUGCCAGUCUCCUCCUCUUUGGUCUUUUUACUUGAGCUUUUGUCUUCUAUGUGUUUCUCUCUCCAGGCUCCACAUUGGCAGGGGGGUCCAACUGGAGUGCCGGGGAGAGGGGGACAUAUGGAUGCGUUGCCUUAGCGACCACUCGGUGUUUGUUCAGAGUUUCUACCUGGAUCGUGAGGCUGGUCGAGCGCCGGGAGACGGUGUCCACAAGAUUUACCCUGGAGCCUAUAUUAAGGUGAUUCAAUAAGCAGAUGAUAGUCUGCCGUAUGUUUGUUCUUACUGUUUAUUUAUGUGGACUUUUUUCUUUAAAUUAAUUCAACCAGAAAAUUCUCAGUGAGAUGGAAAACAUAUUUUACAAAAGUGUCCCAACAAAUGAUCCCUCCCUUUAACCUUCGUCUUCAAGAAACAGCUGAGUUUUUGUUUGUACCAGUUUUUCAUCUGUAAAAAAGAUUUUUAUGCUGUAAAGUUGGACACUUCAACAAGGGACUGACUCACUGCCUCUAGCGGACUCCAAAGGAACUGCAGUUUUGGGGACGUCAACAGUGACUCAUAUGUUAACACAUUUGUCUCCGACCUGUUUAUCUUUGCAGGUGUUUGACCUGCGGCAGUGUCACAGACAGAUGCAGCAGCAGGCAGCAGCAGCUCAGGCUGCGGUGGUGACUCAGGCAGCAGCGGUUGUCGGUGCAAUUCCAGGGCCAAACAGCGUCGGGGGGAUUGCUCCUGCUGUCAGUGAGUAUCACCUUUUUCUCACCAAUUUCUUGUAGUUUUCCUCCUCAUGAGAUUGUAACGAUACAUUUAAAGAAAACACGGCACACUUCAGCGUGCCAGUUUGACUUCACAGAUUUUUCAGUGUAAAGCACCACGUGACCAGCAGAGGGCAGCAGUGAAAAUAUUAGCAAAUUAGCUACAGGCAGCGGGUUAGUCUGACCCUCACAGCUAUCAACACUACUGUCAGGUGAACUGAACCACCAAACGUAUAAAAUAUAAACGCCCCAUGUCAAAUAUUGUUGUGUAAUAUUGUGUAUAAUUUUUUUUUUAACAACAACAACAACAAAAAAUAAUAAUAAUAAAAAAUUAACAAAAAUACUUUUGUGGGGGGGGGGGGGGGGGGGUGUUUAAUAGAAAAUAAUAAAAUAAAAAAAAUCUUAAUUGGAUUACAUUGAAAUAUAUAUAUAAUAAUAACAACAUAUAUAUAUACAUACACACAUACAUACACACAUAUAAAUAUAUACAUACAUAUACACUCACCGGCCACUUUAUUAGGUACACCUGUCCAACUGCUCGUUAACACUUAAUUUCUAAUCAGCCAAUCACAUGGCGGCAACUUAGUGCAUUUAGGCAUGUAGACAUGGUCAAGACAAUCUCCUGCAGUUCAAACCGAGCAUCAGUAUGGGGAAGAAAGGUGAUUUGAGUGACUUUGAACGUGGCAUGGUUGUUGGUGCCAGAAGGGCUGGUCUGAGUAUUUCAGAAACUGCUGAUCUACUGGGAUUUUCACGCACAACCAUCUCUAGGGUUUACAGAGAACGGUCCGAAAAAGAAAAAAUAUCCAGUGAGCGGCAGUUCUGUGGGCGGAAAUGCCUUGUUGAUGCCAGAGGUCAGAGGAGAACGGCCAGACUGGUUCGAGCUGAUAGAAAGGCAACAGUGACUCAAAUAACCACCCGUUACAACCAAGGAAGGCAGAAGAGCAUCUCUGAACACACAGUACGUCGAACUUUGAGGCAGAUGGGCUACAGCAGCAGAAGACUACACCGGGUGCUACUCCUUUCAGCUAAGAACAGGAAACUGAGGCUACAAUUUGCACAAGCUCAUCGAAAUUGGACAAUAGAAGAUUGGAAAAACGUUGCCUGGUCUGAUGAGUCUCGAUUUCUGCUGCGACAUUCGGAUGGUAGGGUCAGAAUUUGGCGUCAACAACAUGAAAGCAUGGAUCCAUCCUGCCUUGUAUCAACGGUUCAGGCUGGUGGUGGUGGUGUCAUGGUGUGGGGAAUAUUUUCUUGGCACUCUUUGGGCCCCUUGGUACCAAUUGAGCAUCGUUGCAACGCCACAGCCUACCUGAGUAUUGUUGCUGACCAUGUCCAUCCCUUUAUGACCACAAUGUACCGCACUUCUGAUGGCUACUUUCAGCAGGAUAAUGCGCCAUGUCAUAAAGCUGGAAUCAUCUCAGACUGGUUUCUUGAACAUGACAAUGAGUUCACUGUACUCAAAUGGCCUCCACAGUCACCAGAUCUCGAUCCAAUAGAGCAUCUUUGGGAUGUGGUGGAACGGGAGAUUCGCAUCAUGGAUGUGCAGCCGACAAAUCUGCGGCAACUGUGUGAUGCCAUCAUGUCAAUAUGGACCAAGCUCUCUGAGGAAUGCUUCCAGCACCUUGUUGAAUCUAUGCCACGAAUAAUUGAGGCAGUUCUGAAGGCAAAAGGGGGUCCAACCCGUUACUAGCAUGGUGUACCUAAUAAAGUGGCCGGUGAGUGUACAUAUAUAUAUACACAUAUACACACACACACAUACACACACAAUCCCCCCUAAUCACCGAAACAACAGCGAGUAUACAACAACAACGACAACAGCAUCAAUAAUAACAACAAUAGUAAUACCGGCAAUAAUAAUGACAAUAAACGAAUGACAAUGAUGACGACAACAAUAAUAACAGUAAUAAUGAGGAUACAAAACAACAAAAUCACUGCAAUACACAACACCAUAGCCCGGACCAGAGGCCGGCCCGGCCCCCUGCACCGCCAAAAAGCAGGCCGACCAGCACCCACGUCCGCCCUGGUGGGAUGCCCAUGGGGCACCCCACAGGCCCCGCCCCGCGACCACCCAACCUAACUGACCACCCACUCCACCUCUAAAUACCCCGGGCCACACAUGACUCUCCUCUUGUGUGUUAUGUUCAUGUGGUGCAUUAAAAAACUUCACUGUGAUGUAUGCAUUAAAAAGUGGGGUGUGAAGAGUUAAUGUGUGAUGCGUAAAAAGUUGGAGAGGCAUGUGAAAUGGAACUGGCCCAGGGCAAAAAAGAAACUGGGGCAGAGUGGGGCCAGGAAGGGGCGGGGGACGCGGCCCGUGGCCCACUCAGGAUCCCCAGAUUCUGCGCCCACCAGGUCCAGGCAGCAGCAGGCAUGGCCAGCCAAUCCCAGGACAUCGGGGAUCCAUGGGCGCCAGCCAGCCCGCCCCCCGGCGGCACAGGGACCCGAGCCAACCCCCAGUCCAGACCACACCACCGCACACCACAAUGACCUCCGCAAUCGCCACCCCCACCGCCACUACCAUCAUCAUCACCAUCAUCACCAAUCCACCAUCACCACCACCACUGGCACACCACUACUAUCAUCAUCAACACCAUCAUCACCAUUACACCUUUCACCACUACAUCAAUGACCCGGGGAGACCAUACAUAUGCAUAUAUACAUAUUAACACAUGCAUACACCCUCUAUGUUUAAUAUAAUACCAAUGAGAAACAAAAAAAUGAAAUAAUAAUAAUAUUUUUUCUUUCUUUUCUCCCCCCCCCCUCUAUUCCCCUCCCCUUAAUGUCUUUUAUUGAGUGCGAUGUGUGUAUGCAUGUGUGUGUGUGCGUGUGUAUUAUUAAAAACAUGUGUAGGGAUGUUAUUGAUAGAAUGGAUAGAUUAAUGUAUAAUCGAUUGGUUGGCUCUCAGACAGAAAUAUAUAUAUAUAUAUAUAUAUAUAUAUAUAUAUAUAUAUAUAUAUAUAUACAUAUACAGUGCCUUGCAAAAGUAUUCGGCCCCCUUGAACCUUUCAACCUUUCGCCACAUUUCAGGCUUCAAACAUAAAGAUAUAAACUUUUAAUUUUUUGUCAAGAAUCAACAUCAAGUGGGACACAAUCGUGAAGUGGAACGAAAUUUAUUGGAUAAUUUUAACUUUUUUAACAAAUAGAAAACUGAAAAGUGGGGCGUGCAGUAUUAUUCGGACCCCUUGCGUUAAUACUUUGAAGCGCCACCUUUUGCUGCAAUUACAGCUGCAAGUCGCUUGGGGUAUGUCUCUAUCAGUUUUGCACAUCGAGAGACUGAAAUUCUUGCCCAUUCUUCCUUGCAAAACAGCUCGAGCUCAGUGAGGUUGGAUGCAGAGCGUUUGUGAACAGCAGUCUUCAGCUCUUUCCACAGAUUCUCGAUUGGAUUCAGGUCUGGACUUUGACUUGGCCAUUCUAACACCUGGAUACGUUUAUUUGUGAACCAUUCCAUUGUAGAUUUGGCUUUAUGUUUUGGAUCAUUGUCCUGUUGGAAGAUAAAUCUCCGUCCCAGUCUCAGGUCUUUUGCAGACUCCAACAGGUUUUCUUCCAGAACGGUGCUGUAUUUGGCUCCAUCCAUCUUCCCAUCAAUUUUAACCAUCUUCCCUGUCCCUGCUGAAGAAAAGCAGGCCCAAACCAUGAUGCUGCCACCACCAUGUUUGACAGUGGGGAUGGUGUGUUCAGGGUGAUGAGCUGUGUUGCUUUUACGCCAAACAUAUCGUUUUACAUUGUGGCCAAAAAGUUCGAUUUUGGUUUCAUCUGACCAGAGCACCUUCUUCCACAUGUUUGGUGUGUCUCCCAGGUGGCUCGUGGCAAACUUUAAACGAGACUUUUUAUGGAUAUCUUUGAGAAAUGGCUUUCUUCUUGCCACUCUUCCAUAAAGGCCAGAUUUGUGCAGUGUACAACUGAUUGUUGUCCUGUGGACAGACUCUCCCACCUCAGCUGUAGAUCUCUGCAGUUCAUCCAGAGUGAUCAUGGGCCUCUUGGCUGCAUCUGAUCAGUCUUCUCCUUGUUUGAGAUGAAAGUUUGGAGGGACGGCCGGGUCUUGGUAGAUUUGCAGUGGUCUGAUACUCCUUCCAUUUCAAUAUGAUUGCUUGCACAGUGCUCCUUGAGAUGUUUAAAGCUUGAGAAAUCUUUUUGUAUCCAAAUCCAGCUUUAAACUUCUCCACAACAGUAUCUCGGACCUGCCUGGUGUGUUCCUUGGUCUGCUCUCUGCACUUUAAACAGAACCUUGAGACUAUCACAGAGCAGGUGCAUUUAUACGGAGACUUGAUUACACACAGGUGGAUUCUAUUUAUCAUCAUCAGUCAUUAAGGACAACAUUGGAUCAUUCAGAGAUCCUCACUGAACUUCUGGAGUGAGUUUGCUGCACUGAAAGUAAAGGGGCCGAAUAAUAUUGCACGCCCCACUUUUCAGUUUUUUAUUUGUUAAAAAAGUUUAAAUUAUCCAAUAAAUUUCGUUCCACUUCACGAUUGUGUCCCACUUGUUGUUGAUUCUUGACAAAAAAUUUAAAUUUUAUAUCUUUAUGUUUGAAGCCUGAAAUGUGGCGAAAGGUUGAAAGGUUCAAGGGGGCCGAAUACUUUCGCAAGGCACUGUAUAUAUAUAUAUAUAUAUAUAUAUAUAUAUAUAUAUAUAUAUAUGAAAUAAAAAAAAAUAAUAAUAAUAAUGAUAAUUUGGCCGGAUGGAAAUUGGGGUGUUUGGGUUGUUAAGAAGUUGAUGACAGCGGAGCAGGGGGAUUAAGAUUCUGCUGUGGUAUGGGGAGAGGUGAGUGUAUAUUCAAGAGAGAUGUGGUCAAUGAGCAGGUUUUUCCAGUGAGCCAGAUGAAUGGUGUUCCUAGAUUUCCAGUUCAUCAGGAUAGUUUUCUUGGUGAUAGUUAGGGCCACGAGAAGAAGGUUAUUGUUUGUUUUGUCUAUUGUUUGUUUUGUCUAUUGUGAGUGAAGUCUCCUAGAAGGCAGAGUGAGGGGGAUAAAGGGAUGCGGCAGCCCAUGAAGUGUGAUAAUGACUCGGUGACUAGUUUCCAGAAGUGUUUGAUUGGGGUGCAGUGCCAGAUGGCGUGAGUGUAGGUGUCAGGACAGUUUUAAGUGCAGUGGGUGCAAAUUUCUGAGGUGAAGCCCAUUUUAAACAUUUUUUGUCCAGUGUAGUGAGUUCUGUGAAGUAUCUUAUAUUGUUUGAGUUGUAAGUUGGCAUUUUUAGUCAUAAGAUAAAUGUUUUUACAGAUUUGGGUCCAGAAGUCGGCAUCAGGAUCAAUUGACAGGUCUUGUUGCCAUUUUUGUGAUGGUAGAGAUAUGAUUUGUGUAUAAUUUUUAAUCCAACUUGCUGUCAGUGAGCAUUACUCAGUGAGUUGUUUUUUUAAUCAGUGCAUGGAUGAGGCAUGUCCAGUGGGUGAUCGGACAAAAUGAGCAACAGCUGGACAAUACUUGGACUGGGGACAAUAAAAGGCCACCCCAAAAUGUCAAAUUUUUUCACAAGUCAUAAUGCCUCAGAUGUCGCAAGUUAUGCGGGAGCGUGCCAUUGGCAUGUUGGAUGCAGGGACGUCCACCAGAGCAGUAGCUGCACAGCUCAAUGUCCAUUAUCGGACCACAGGCCGUUUAAGAGUUCAUUUCCAACAAACUGGCACUACUGCAAAUCGACCUCAUCCUUGUCGGCCACGUGUGACCACUCCAGUACAAGAUCGCCACAUCCGGCUCGUACAUCUGCAGGAUCAGCUAAGACCAGCGACACACACAGUUGAUGAGACUAUUGGCCUGCACAACAGACGCAUCACAUCUCAGAAUGUCCGUAACCGCCUACGAGAGCCAACUUGCAUGCUCGGUGCCCUCACCGUGGUCUGGAUCUCACUGCUGUCUGGCGUAGGAACUGACUCGCAUGGGCGAAUGCACAUGUCCAAUGGCCCUCGGCAUGCUGGAGAAGAGUGAUGUUCACGGAUGAAUCCAGGUUCCAGUUGUAUCAUGCAGAUGGAAGACAGCGUGUCUGGCGAUGCGUGGGUGAAAGGUUUGCAGAUGCAAAUGUUAUGCCCAGGGUUGCCCAUGGAGGUGGUGGCAUUAUGGUGUGGUCAGGCAUCACAUACGGGCAUAGAACACCAUUGCACUUCAUUGAAGGGAAACUUAAUGCACAAAGAUAUUGGGACAAGAUUCUCACCCCAAUUGUUGUGCCGUUUGUGCGCCAGCAUGACAUCACCUUUCAACAUGACAAUGCCCAACCUCAUGUUGCCCGCAUCUGCAUGGAAUUCCUUCAAACAGAGGACAUUGAAGUUCUGGACUGGCCUGCAUAUUCGCCAGACAUGUCCCCAAUAGAGCAACUUUGGGAUGUUCUGGAUAGGCGUGUCCGGGACUGUGUUCCAGUUCCAGGCAAUGUGGGUCAGCUCCGUGUAGCACUCCAGGAGGAAUGGAAUAACAUUCCACAGGCCACCAUAGACAAUCUGAUCAACUCCAUGCGAAGAAGAUGUGUUGCUCUGAGAGACGCAACUGGCGGACACACAAGAUACUGAAAUCAAAUUCCUCAACCUGACCCCUAUCAUGUUCGAAGGACUGUCAAUCCGCUACAAAUGGCCAUACCACGAUGUUAUCAAUGCUGAUAUGAAGGUCAGUAAUUACUGAAAAUAUACUUUGAGUUUCUCUACAUAUUGCGUAACCCAAAUGUCCAUAAAACUCUUAUAUUUGACAUGGGGCGUUUAUAUUUUUGUUCAUUAUAGUUGGCAGAUAACAGAUGGUGAAAGAGCUUUACAUUUGCAUGGGAACUGCAGAUUGCUGAACACAGGAGGAGUCCUUACACAGCUCCCAAACUGACCCACGUGUUGUUCUGGUGACUUCCUGUUUCUUCAGGUGUGUGCUCAGCUACAGGUCUAGGUGUGGACGACCUGCGCAGGUUGUGUAUCAUCCGUCUGAGCUUCGUGAAAGGAUGGGGGUGUGAUUACCCACGUCAGAGCAUCAAGGACACCCCCUGCUGGCUGGAGGUCCACCUGCACCGAGCCCUGCAGCUCCUAGACCAGGUGCUGCACACACUGCCUCCACGGGAACACACACUCUGACCCUCUGCAACAGGUGUGUGCAGGAACUCCCUGCCAGGUGGGUGGGGCUCAACUCACAGGACAGCCAAUCACAGACAAGGAUUAUACUCAAGCUGAAAUAAGAGAAAACAGAAGUCUUGCCUGAUGAGACCUAAACUUUCUGCUUGGCAACACCUGAGUCAUAGGCUCCGCCCACUCUGCCCUCCCUCACACAGGUGAAAAAAAAUCACACUGUAGCUUGUUGGUCACUUUAAAAAUGCUUUAGACAAUCAGCCAAUCACAGCAUCCCAUCUCUUCUGUCAGUCAAAAAUGUUUCUAUGGAAACAAGCGCCCAGAGUAAGAAGGUAAAGGGUCAGUUCACAUAAAUCAUAGAGACAGACUUUUUUUUUAUAAAGUUUUUAAAUACUUUUUCUUUUAUACAUGAUCUAACGUUAUGUCUGUGUUUUAAAAUUGUCAAAAAAAUCUUCUUACUACAGUGGCCUGUGGAGUCAUCUUGGUGACAUAUCACUUAAACACAAAACGUGUCACAAAAACACAGAUAUAUUUUGAUAAACAAACUUCCAUUUUAAAAAAAGUAUUUAAUGUAGAGAUAUUUCAUAUAGUAAUGAAUGAAAAUUUCUAUGAAAGCUGCUAAAAAAAUCUCAUGAAUAGAAAAAUAUUUGAUUUUCUUCUAAAAAAAAUUUUUUGGUCUUUCAUUUUCUUAUUUCAUGAAAUAUUUUUGUAUUUCUUCCAAGGAGAAAUAUUUUGCAAUUUGUAAAAAAAAUCAACAAUAAGUAAAAUAUUUUAGCUUAAAGUUAAAUGUGUUUUUUUCAAAAUUUUUGAUAUUUAAUGAAAUGUUUGCGUUUAAUUUUUAGCAUUUUAUUUAUUCUUUUUCUGUGGUCGUAAAUUAUUUUGGUAUUUUUGUUAAAUAUUUUUUACCUUUCAGUAAUUUUUUUGUAAAUAAUCCAAAAUAUUCCAAAAUAUCAAUACUUAAAAAUUGUGUUCCUAUUUCCUUGUCUUAAAAAAGUUUAUUUUCCAAGAAUACUUCAGUUUCCUGCCAGUCAGUGUAACAGGAAAAAGCUGAGGCAGCCUGACAGGUAAAACCCAGUGCAAACAAAACACUUUGAGGCUCUUGUGUUGGUCUCAGUCAUAUUAGUCUUCUCUGGAGUUCCUCAGGGGUAUGUAAUUGGCCCGUCUUUUUUCAUUAAAUUGCCUCCCUUAGGACACUUCAUCCACCAGUCUGUCUCUUGUUAUUGCCAUGGUAACGAAGUCCAAAUUUGUGUGAACUUUCCUUGAUCACAUUAGAUUUUGUCGCCUGACAUAGUCUCUGUCUCUGUGGUUUGUGUGAACUGGCCCUCUGUGCUUGAUGAAAAUCAGUGUUUUUCCACAGAAUUCCUUUAGAAUUCAGUUUUAAGUCUGUAAAUUAUUUAUUUUCAUUGAUUUAUCCACCAAAGACUCAUUUCUGUGCCUUUCCUUCUUUCUGAUCUCUGCUGUCACUUAUUUUUUCACUUUAAUCUUAUCACAUUUUAUAUUUGCAAUGCUUUUAUACUGCUUUUAAACCUACAGUACCUUCAUAAUAAAACUUUUAUGAUAAUCC